GGCCCAAAGAUCAGGUCGGCGGCGAGUUCUCGAAGAUUCCAGCUUUCUGCCUCUGGCGCUCGCAAUGCCGUUUCCAAGGGCGAAGCAGGAAAUUAAUUAAAAAGGAAAAUAAUAAUGGUUGCCCUGUUGCUCCACUAUUGCGGAUCUUACAGUCGUCUUCUUCACGGUCUGGAUUUACUGGGUUCUUGUUUCUCUGAUCCUUAGAACCCCUCGACAGGCCAUAACUCAAUGGCCUCGGUCCUCAUCAUUUCCUUAUUAAUCCCUGAUAGCCUAAAACCCUAACCAACCCGUAACGCUCCUUAAGCCCUCCCUCCACUUCACCAAAGGCUAUCUCUUGCGCUUUGUAUCACUUGGCCAUGUAUCGGGCGGCAGCUACGAUCGCUUCUUCCAUGAUCAGACUUUCUUCCUCCGAGACGCAGAUUUGGAGCGGUAGGAUUCUAUCUGCAAGGAGCUAUGCUGCCAAGGACAUUGAUUUCGGGGUCGGAGCUCGGGCUGCCAUGCUGCUGGGCGUUCAUGAGCUUGCCGAGGCCGUCAAGGUCACCAUGGGUCCCAAGGGUCGCAAUGUAGUCAUUGAGAAAAGCCGUGGAGAUCCUAAAGUCACAAAAGAUGGUGUGACAGUUGCAAAAAGCAUUGAGUUUAAGGAAAGGGCAAAAAAUUUGGGUGCAAAUCUUGUCAAGCAAGUUGCGAAGGCUACUAACACUGCUGCCGGAGAUGGGACGACUUGCGCAACUGUUCUAACUCAAGCAAUACUCACUGAAGGUUGUAAGGCUGUGGCAUCUGGAGUUAAUGUUAUGGACUUGCGCAAUGGUAUAAAUAUGGCUGUAGAUGCUGUUAUAUCUCAUCUAAAGGGUAAAGCCUGGAUGACUAGUACUCCUGAAGAAAUAACUCAGGUAGCUACCAUUUCUGCAAAUAAUGAAAGAGAGAUUGGAGAGUUGAUUGCUAGAGCAAUGGAGAGAGUUGGGAAAGAAGGGAUUAUCACUGUCACUGAUGGAAAUACAUUAUACAAUGAGCUGGAAGUGGUGGAGGGAAUGAAAUUAGCCAGGGGUUAUAUAUCUCCCUAUUUCAUCACUGAUGAGAAGACACAAAAAUGUGAAGUAGAAAAUCCACUGAUCCUUAUCCAUGAUAAGAAGAUCUCAGACAUGAAUUCUCUUGUCCGAAUAUUGCAGCUUGCUCUAAAGAAAAAUAGAUCCCUUCUAAUUGUGGCAGAAGAUGUAGAAAGUGAUGCUCUAGCAAUGCUGGUGCUAAAUAAGCAUCGUGCUGGAGUCAAGGUUUGUGCCAUAAAAGCUCCUGGUUUUGGUGAAAACAGAAGAGCAAAUCUGGAGGAUCUUGCAAUACUUACAGGAGGAGAGGUUAUCACUGAAGAUCAUGGUCUGAACCUUGAAAAAGUCCAAUUGGAAAUGCUUGGUACUGCUAAGAAGGUCACUGUCUCUCUUGAUGAUACUAUUGUUCUACAUGGUGGUGGUGACAAGAAGCUAAUUGAAGAAAGGUGUGAGCAGCUUAGAACAGCCAUUGAGAAAAGUACAGCCAUGUUUGACAAGGAGAAAGCACAAGAAAGAUUAUCCAAGCUAUCUGGAGGUGUUGCUGUUCUCAAGGUUGGUGGAGCUAGUGAGGCUGAAGUUAGCGAGAGAAAGGAUAGAGUAACUGAUUCUCUGAAUGCUGCACGAGCUGCUGUGGAAGAGGGUAUUGUGCCAGGUGGUGGAGUUGCCCUUUUAUAUGCUGCGAGGGAGUUGGACAGCAUUCAAACUUCUAACGGUGACGAGAAGAUUGGAGUUCAAAUCAUCAAAAAUGCUCUAAAGGCACCUACAUUCACUAUUGCUACAAAUGCUGGUGUUGAUGGUGCUGUAAUUAUUGGCAAGCUACUUGAACAGGAGAAUCUUAAUUUGGGCUAUGAUGCUGCUAAAGGUGAGUAUGUUGACAUGGUGAAGGCUGGAAUUCUUGAUCCUCUAAAAGUCAUAAGAACUGCUCUGGUAGAUGCUGCUAGCGUCUCGGUAUUGCUGACAACCACUGAAGCAGCAGUCGUUGAGCUUGCUGAAGCAAAAAGCCCACGAGUAAGUCGCAUGCCAGAAAUGGAUGAUAUGGAUUACUGAUGGGAUAAAUAACCAUAGUAGAUAUAUGAAAGGAACAAGAAACGAAAAUAACUGCAACACUGAGUUUUAUCGGGGAGGCAGGCAAUGACAUGACCAUUGUUAGAAGUGAGAUUGUUCUUUUGAUGUAUUUGUAUGGGUGAGAGUUUUGCAUCUUUAGAGAGUUGAAAAAAUGAGUGGAUAUUCUGGCAUGAUGGCAUACUUUUGCCCUCAUUGUUGUAUACUGUUUAUUAACAAUUUUUGAUGAAAAAAUUGCGGGCUUUUAGUGCUGAUCAUA